UCAUGGCGGCCCCCUGAGUCUCGUGGUGAUGGGGUCGGGUGGGACACCAGGCUGGGGCCCGCGGCGGGUGCUCCUGUCCCAGGAUUAACGUGGAGCCUGGGUCAUGGUGCAGCUGGCUUCUGCCCCAGCCAUGGAUGAAGUCACCUUUAGAAGCGACACUGUGCUAUCAGACAUCCACCUCUACACCCCAAACCAUAGACACCUCAUGGUACGGCUCAACAGUGUGGGGCAACCUGUUUUCCUGUCCCAGUUCAAACUUCUCUGGAGCCAAGACUCUUGGACAGACUCAGGGGCUGAGGGCGGCGAUCACCAAGUUGCUCACACAGAGGAGCCUCCUCCUGCCAGGACAGGUGGCGCAGGGUCCCCUCUGGGAGGUAGCCACAGGAAUGAGGGUCUCUCCCUGCAGGCCAGGCCUGAUGCCACUGGCCAGGAAGAGGCAGGAGCUCGUUUGGAUGAGGACGGGGAUUUGGACGUAGUGAGAAGACCACGGGCCACCUCUGAUCCUGACCCAGCUGGGCCUCUGAGAGACAAGGUACAUCCCAUGAUUCUAGCACAGGAAGAAGAGGACGACAUGGGAGAGGAAGCACGUGGCAACAGCCCCCACAGUGUCAUCAAGAUAGAGCACACCAUGGCCACCCCACUGGAAGAUGUUGGCAAGCAGGUGUGGCGGGGCGCCCUGCUCCUGGCAGACUACAUCCUGUUCCAGCGGGACCUCCUCCGAGGGCGCACCAUGCUGGAGCUGGGGGCAGGCACAGGGCUUGCUAGCAUCGUCGCAGCCACUGUGGCACGGACUGUUUACUGUACAGAUGUCGGUGCAGAUCUCCUGGCCAUGUGCCAGCGAAACAUUGCCCUCAACAGCCACCUGGCUGCUGCUGCAGGUGGUAUAGUUAAGGUCAGAGAACUGGACUGGCUGAAGGAUGACCUCUGCACAGAUCCCGAGGUCCCCUUCAGCUGGUCGGAGGAAGAAAUUUCUGACCUGUACAAUCACACCACCGUGCUGUUUGCAGCUGAAGUGUUUUAUGAUGACGACUUGACUGAUGCUGUAUUCAGAACACUCUCCCGACUCGCCCACAGAUUUAAAAAUGCCUGCACUGCUAUUCUGUCAGUGGAGAAGAGGCUCAACUUCACACUGAGACACUUGGAUGUCACAUGCGAAGCCUACGACCACUUCCGUUCCUGUCUGCAGGUGCUGGAGAAGCUGGCGGAUGACAAGCUGCGCUUUGUGGUGGAGCCCGUGGAGGCCUCCUUCCCUCAGCAUCUUGUUUACGAGCGCAUUCGGCAGCUGGAGCUCUGGAAGGUCAUCGCAGAACCAAUAACGUGACCUGCGGCAGCUCAAGUGUUCUCGUACCACAUUUCUAAUAAAAUCAAACUCUCACCAG